AUGGCAUAUGCGGUUGGAGUUGUUAGCCAAUACAUGCAAAGUCCAAAAGAAUCAAAUGACGGUGCAAUCAAACACAUUCUAAGGUACUUACGAGGAACAAUGGGAUACGAAAUCAAGUACGAGAGGAAGGGACAAAUUCGACUUAUUAGUUAUAGUGAUAGUAGUCACAAUGUUGACCCAGAUGACGGAAAAAGCACAACUGGUCACAUUUUCUACUACAGGUCAUCUCCGAUAACAUGUUGUUCGCAAAAGCAAGAUACCGUUGCUUUAUCAUCAGCUGAGGCGGAGUUCAUGAAGGCCACGGAGACCGCAUAUCAAGCAAUAUGGCUUCAAAAUUUUCUCGUAGAAACCAUGAACAAAGUGCAAGAGAAAUUGGUUCUUAGAGUUGAUAAUAAGUCGGCUAUCAAACUAACGAAUAAUCUCGUCUUUCAUGGAAAGAUGGAGGUGGAAUACAUUCCUGGUGAAGAACAAAGGGCGGAUAAUCUUACCAAACCACUAGCUCGAACAAAGUUUAAGGAAAUGCGGAGCUUGACCGGGAUCGAAGACGUCUCUAGAAGGACUUAA